UAAAAGCUCUGCAAGUCUGCAAUAAAAAUGGCCUCCAAUAAAACUACAUUGAAAUCCAAAACAUUUAUCUUUAAGUGACAAGAAUUAGUGAAGCCGAAAAGAGUACCAGAAAACAGUCUUCCAUUGAAUCAAAGACUUUUAGUCCAACGGAGAACACAGAUGGAGAUGUUCCCCGCUUGUAGCCUGCUUGCCUCAUCACCACACAAAAUGGGAAAGAAACAGAAUGGCAAAGGUAAAAAAGUUGAAGAGGCAGAGCCUGAAGAAUUUGUUGUGGAGAAAGUCCUGGACAGACGUGUUGUAAAUGGAAAGGUGGAAUACUACUUGAAGUGGAAAGGAUUUACAGAUGCUGACAACACAUGGGAACCUGAAGAAAACUUAGACUGUCCAGAGCUAAUUGAAGCUUUUCUGAACUCUCAAAAAGCUGGUAAAGAAAAAACAGAUGGUGCCAAAAGAAAAUCUUUGUCAGAUAGCGAAUCUGAUGAUAGCAAAUCAAAGAAAAAGCGCGAUUCUGUUGAUAAACCAAGAGGGUUUGCAAGGGGUCUUGAUCCUGAGCGGAUAAUCGGGGCUACGGAUAGCAGUGGAGAGCUUAUGUUCCUCAUGAAAUGGAAAGACUCUGAUGAGGCAGAUCUGGUGCUGGCCAAAGAAGCUAACGUGAAGUGUCCUCAGAUCGUAAUCGCUUUUUAUGAAGAGCGACUAACUUGGCAUUCAUGCCCAGAAGAUGAAGCACAAUAAUUGUUUGCAUUGCUUUUUUAUAUAUAUGAAUAUUAAAACCUGAAAUUUGAUUUAUUAGCAAUGUGAGAAGCAUACAUUCUAACAAGAAUCAAAUUUGAUAUUUUUUUGAAGUAGUAUGUUUUGCAUCAACAGCAAGUAAAUAAAAGCUUUCUGCAACUUGUUUCAUUUAUCACAAGAGAGCAUUUGAUACUACUACUUCCUCCAUAUUAGGUAAAAGCUUUUAUAAAACAUUCAUAAACUUCCAUAGUUAUUACAGAAUCAUAAUGAAUGUCUAAACAAACUCACAGAUGUUUUGUAGUCUUCUAUACUAUUGAUGUGCAUGUAUCUUCUUUACCCAAACCUAGCCCUUUAAACCUGUAGAAUCAUUCUUUUUAGUAUUUGGGAUCACUUGGUCACAAGAAGACCAGGUGAAAACUAACUUUGUAGUAAUUUGAAUGUUAUCAGACUGUAUAUUGUUUACUUUAUUGUAAAUACUGGUGAACAGUGGUCAAUAAAAUAGUUUUAUAUUCUUCCUUUAUA